GCUACCAUCACUCCGUGCCUUUGGUCAUCAUGCACUUUCCGACAUGACAAUGAUCCAAAACACACAUCUAAGGCCUCUGUUGCAUUUUUGAAGAACAGGGUGAAAGUGAUUCAGUGGCUAAGUAUGUCUCCUUAUCUGAACACAAUGAAACACCUAUGGGGAAUUCUGAAGAGACAAGUUGAGCAUCGCUCUCCAUCCAGCAUCCAGGCUCUAAAAGAGGUAAUUCUUGAAGAAUGGAAGAAGAUAGAUGUUGCAAUAUGUCACCAACUUGUUUUCAUCCAUGCCUAGAAGACUUGGUGCUCUCCUUACAAAUCAUAGAGGUUAUAGAGAAUACUAGAUGGAGCAGUUUUUGUUGUGGGGUGCAUUCAUUUUUG